AUGGCUAAAGGAGGUAAAUUAAAGUCUCUGUUAAAGAACCAGCAGUUGAUUGAGUCUAUAGACAAAUCAAAAUCAAAGCCUGUAGUCAAGAAGACAGAAGAAAUAAAGGAAAUUGAGGUUAAGCCAUUACCUGAGCAAAUCAAGCCAUCGAAGGUUAAGAAGGAAAAAAAGGAAAAGAAAGCUAAGAAUCAAGAUGAUUACCAAAGCAGUGCUUUGUCUAAGAAAGAACAAAGAAGAUUAAAGAAGUUACAAGCUACUGAGAGUGCACCUUCGGAAGAAGAAGUCGAAGAAGUCGAGGAAGAAAUCGAGGAGGAUUCUGACUCUGAAGGAUUAGACUUAGAAAAGCUAGCUGCAAGUGAAAGCGAAAGUGACAUAAACGAUGACGAGUCUGAUGAAGAAUCUGACGAAGAAGAAGAAGAAGACGUUCAAGAAGAUGAAAAGGAAGAAGAAGAAGAAGAUAUUCCUUUAUCAGAUGUUGAAAUAGAUGAGGACGCAGAUAUUGUUCCACACACCAAAUUAACCAUAAAUAACAUGGCUGCAUUGAGGGAUUCAUUGGCACGUAUUGAGUUACCAUGGUCCAAACAUUCGUUCCAAGAACAUCAAUCUAUCACGAGUGCUGAAAAGACUGAAACCGAAAUCAAAGAUAUUUAUGAUGAUACUGAAAGAGAAUUGGCAUUUUAUAAGCAAGGCUUAGAUGCUGUUAAACAAGGUAAGGCUGCAUUAACUAAAUUAAAGGUACCAUUCUCCAGACCAAUGGAUUACUUUGCAGAAAUGAUUAAAAGCGAUGAGCAUAUGGAUAAAUUGAAGAGCAAGUUAUUGACUGAAGCUGCAAACAAGAAAGCCUCAGAAGAUGCUAAGAAACAAAGACACUUGAAGAAGUUUGGUAAGCAAGUCCAAAAUAAUACAUUACAAGAAAGAGCUAAGCAAAAGAAAGAAACAUUAGACAAGAUUAAGUCAUUAAAGAGAAAAGGUGCUAAUAAUGAAUUAAGUAAUGAUGACGACUUCCAGAUUGCGUUAGAGGAAGCAACUCGUGAAGAUAGAGGUGGUGAUAGCAAGAGAAGAAAGCCAAAUUCUAAGAGAUUAGGCAAAGACUCUAAAUAUGGCUUUGGUGGUAAGAAAAGGGGUAGCAGAGCUAACGAUGCACAAUCUUCUGCUGAUAUCAGUGACUUUUCUUCUAAGAAAAUGAAAGGUAAAUCUAGACCAGGAAAGAGCAAGCGUUCUAGAAGAUAA